AUGCAAGCGCUCAGAAAAACGUCGUCGUUGCCUAAGACUUUAAAAACAUUGCUACUAAGCCUGGCUGUGUCUGAUCUCGGUGUAGGCUUACUUGUCGAACCACUGUUUGUUGCAUUUCUUGUGAUGGAAAAAAACAGUACUGCUUAUUCUACAGUAAAGUUAGCGCGUUCAAUCCCGGCAAAAAUAUUGGUCUUUGCUUCGCAUUUUGGUGUUUUUGCAUUAGCUGUGGACAGAUUCUUGGCCAUUCAGCUUCAUCUCAGAUAUCAAGAGCUUGUGACCCACAAACGUGUUGUUGCUGUUGUGAUCUCACUCUGGGUGUUUAGUGCAUCAAUUUCCUUCCGAAGUCCUCGUAUUAUGCGAGCGGUCAUUGCACUUGUUUGUGUCAUAACUACAGGAUUGCUUUAUUGCAAGAUAUACGCUUCCGUGAGACACCACACAAAUCAGAUUCACCGUGACGCUCUGCAAGUACAACAGGCGACACAGAAUGAAGAUAUGGCAAAUGCCGCAAGGCUGAAAAAAUCUUCACUGGCUACAUUCUACGUUUAUUUCGUGUAUUUAGUUUGCUAUUUGCCAUUGUAUUGUGUUGUUUUUGCCCAGACCAAUGGUGAAACUCCCUUGUUAUCUCAUUUAUCUUAUUUCACAAGGACUCUUGUGUAUCUCAAUUCAUCCCUCAAUCCCUUGAUCUACUGCUGGAAGAUGAGACACAUUCGACAAACUGUUAUGGAUAUACUUAGAAAUAUUUUCGCGAUUUGUCCCCACUAAAGAAAGGAUCUAACUGAGAAUAACUUAAUCGGCCUUUUUCUCUCUGAGUGGUGAAAAUAUUAGCUUUCCAGCAAUACAAUUGGAAAAAUGACACUAAAUAUAAACGGGAACUGAAACCUUCUUGUACUCUCUGUUUGAAGGCCAAGGGAUAAAUAUAUGAUCGAGUGAGUAUAAGUUCAUGAGAUUUCAGUUUGCUUUGAAAUAAUUAACAAAUAACGGGAAACUUUGAAAGUAUUAUUUAUCAAAGUCAGAAAGAGGGCAAAAAGAAAAAGCUGGGUGGUUUAGGACGAAUGACGAGUGACGUGAUAAAUAGAGGGCCGAGUUUCCAAAUUUUCAUGGGCAAAAAGUUCUGUGUACGUACUGUAAAGUGUCUUAAAAAGUUUACUAGAUUUUGGUAACCAUAGUGCAUCCAAUAAAGAAGACUAACUGAAGAGGAGAGAGAUCAAAACUAUGUCAAUAAAUCUUCCAUACUGAAUGUACCAAGAGUGGUGAAAAGAUUGACCGAUAUAACAACGACAACAACAACAACAACAACACAUAAUAAUAAUUAUUAUUAUAAUAAAAAUAAUAAGAAUAACAGUAAUAAGAAUAAUAAUGAUAAGAAGAACAAGACUUCGGCCAAUCUAAUUUUCUAUUUUUCCAACAAAAACGGAAAAAGGAAAUAUUACUUAUCGUUAUCAUAUUUACAUAUUUUAAAGUACAGAAAAAAAUAGAAAAAAAAAUGGUCAGGAAAACUGAUCAUUUUUUCAUUUUCCUAAUUCUGAAGUCCGCUUCUUGAAAAAUUCAAAAAAUACUGUAAACGGCUAAAAGCGAUAUUUUGCUAUUUCUUAUUUUCUUGAUAUUGUUAGAGCAAUUUUCCAUUUUUUUUUUUUUGGAUGAAUAGAAAAACUUUAACGAUACACCCUUUCAGACAGUUUCAUUUUUCAUUUUAUUGAAAAAUGGCGCAGAAAAGUGAGAAGUUAUGAAUAUUUAACGGUGAAGAAAGGAAAAACCUAAUUCGUAUCCACUAUCGACUCACUAAUUUGGUUAGAAGAUUUACACAGGGUCGGCGGGGGGGGCGGCUUAGUUUUCGAGAUGCGGACCUAGUUCCAUUCUCUUUUGAUCUCGAUUUCCCCUGAAGGUUUGAGUUGUCGGGAGUCGACUGUGGUCGUGGAAAUGAAGAAUAUGAGAAAGGGUACGAGGGAGGAGGAGAAGGCGUGAAAAUUGGUACGAGAAAAGGGGGUUAACUCAACGGUUUUCAUGCCAGCAACACUAUGGUCCCAGCACAAAAAAAGCGGUUCGUGAGAGAUAUUAAGGGGAAAACAAGAAGGUCGUUGGACAGUCACAUGCACAAAAUAAAUAAAGAGCGCGCCAGUGAAGAGGUCAGACGUUUUUAAAUUAAAUAGUUGCUCAAAAGUAGACUGCUUAGCCUGCCGAAAUAACGGAUCUUGCCGCAGAACUGGUGUUUUAGGAUUGCAAGAGUAAAGUAUAUUGAACUAUUAUUAUGGAGGAGAAAAAUAACGAGGCGCCUAGUAUACACUCGCUGGAAAGAACAUCUUAAUGCUCUGGCCCAUACAUUUGCUCAUACAUUGGAUAGCGACGAUCCACCGGAUAAAUCACUAUCCAGCGGCCUGAUCAUUUUUCAUGUAUUUUAGGGAAACCAAUUGCGUUAUCCACUGGAUAGUUAUCCACCUUUUAAGCAACUCAGCCCUGGAAAGAGGAGAGCAAAGAGCAAGUAUGGGGAAACGUCCCACAGUUUAAAUGCAACAGGAACACUUUAUGGUUACGAGAUGUUAGAUCAGGUCACAGAGUAAGUCCUAAGUAAUGAGGUAAAGGAAUCAGCUAAUCAAAUCCAAAACUGAAUGAAACUACGUUCACAUUCCGAGAACUAAAGGACCCAAACCCACCCUCCCCAUCCCACGCCUCCGCCGACCCUGUGUAAAUCGUCUAACACUAAAACUAGUGAGUCUAAAGUGGAUUAGGUUUUUCUUUUCUUUAUUGGCAAAUGCUCAUGAUUUGUCAUUUUUAUUUGCUAUUUUUCAUUAAAACAAAAGAUGAAAAAUUGCCCGUUUUUGUUUGUUUGUUUGUUUUCUAUUUAUUGAAAAAAUGAAAAAAUUGUUCGCAACACUUGUCAUUUUUUUCAUUUUUCUUGUUAAAAUGGAAUUAUGGAAAAUUAGGCGACAGGUACGCUAUUUUUCUAUUUUUUCAUUUUUUGAACAAAAUGGAAAAAAUGAAAAAUGGUGGGAAUAAAUAUUAUUUUUUCAUUUUUCCUUUUUUCUAUUUUUUGCGAAAAACGGAAAAAAUAGAAAAAUGAGUUAAGAAUCGGAGAUUAUUUCAUUUUUCUCAUUUUCUAACAAUAUCAAGAAAAUAAAAAAUAGCAAAAUAUCGCUUUUCGUCGUUUACAGUAUUUUUUGAAUUUUUCAAGAAGCGGACUUCAAAAUUAGGAAAAUGAAAAAAUGAUCAGUUUUCCUGACCAUUUUCUUUUUUUCUAUUUUUUUCUGUACUUUUAAAUAUGUAAAUAUGAUAACGAUAAGUUAUAUUUCCUUUUUCCGUUUUUGUUGGAAAAAUAGAAAAUUAGAUUGGCCGAAGUGUGCACGGACCUACAAGUCCCUCCUCUAGCCGCUUGUAAUUAUUGUAUUUUGAAUUCAUUACAAAAUAAUUGUAAUUAAUCUCGUCUGUAAUUUCGUAAUUAUCGUAUAUCUUGCCGUAUCUUUACAUCAUUAGAAUAAUAUAUUUUGAAUUCAUUAUUGUAAUUAAUCACCCCACGGCCAUAAGGUGGCAAAUGAAAAAAUGAAAAAAAAAGAAUCCUUAUUUCAAAUCUUUUUAAAACAGUAUUCGUAUCUCGAUAUACAUACGUUAAUGAAUGAAAUGAAAGGAAUUUAAAAUUUUCUUUUGUUAAUAAAUGAAAUAAAAAAAAUUUAAAGGUCUUGUUUCUUGUUUCUAUUUAUGUGCUUGUGGUUUUGUUGGCCUCUAAAUCUACAUUUACAUCUGCAAGUUUUCUAUCCCUCCUCUAGCCGCUUGUAAUUAUUGUAUUUUGAAUUCAUUAUCAAAUAAUUGCAUAAUCUCUUCUGUAAUUUCGUAAUUAUUGUAUGUCUUGUAUCUUUAUAUCAUUAGAAUAAUAUAGUUACUAAUUAGUUACUAUUCUCAUUGGUAUAAAAGCCGCCGCUUGACGAUUUAAUCAACUAGAUUAGUGUGUGCUCCCCCGCGAAGCAGUCUAUUGCUCCUUUACGGUCCCCAGGGAAAUUCCCUAGGCCUUUUAUACGCCCUAGCAAACAAAUUCACCGUCUUCUCGCAAGUCUACUCUACAACGGGCAAGCAAGUUUCCCCACCCUCCUCCCCUUCAGCGGCGCUGGCAAAUUUUCUCUAUCGGCCCACAUUAUGCCUUAUGCAAAAUUUUUCACCCAUAACUUAUCCAUCAAAAGGCAUAAGGUGGCUUUUAUGCGAAUGUGAAUUAGUUACUAUCGCGUUUCGGUUUAAAUGAAAAUAUAUUCAAAUUACUGUGUGAUGAGGACUUUAUAAAUUAUGAAUUACUGGCUCUGUUUUAAUGCUCUGCUCUUGUUUUAAUUCCAAACAAGGGAAUAUUUCGGAUGCUACGAGUACAACUUUAUGUGUCAAUGAAGGGAGAAAGUAUCGUCUUGUAUAUUAAAUGCGCAUUAAAUUGCAAGCAAUGAUGAACUUUCUUUAUAUUAACCUAAAAAGCUGGAGAUAAAUAAAUAUGAUUCACGUUUUGAUAGCUGCCUCGGAUGAAUUUAAUACCACUAUCCAUUAAGUAAGUUAAUAAAGCAUAGUAUAUGGUCCUUGAUUACUUUCUUAAUAAAAUGAAAUUGAAACAUACUUCUCGAGUUGAUUGUAGUUUAAGGCAUAUAUUACUUUUUUGGAAUAUGAUUACUCAUUGAAUUGCCUCCUGGUGUUGGCUGGUUUCAUUAAGCUAAGACUCAGACAAUGGGCCGGUGUUUUAGACGUUCUGAUCGUUUGCAGCUGAUCAAGUCUGACACAUAUGUGACCGAAUGAUUUUUUAAGUAACUACCCACUGUAUCUUUGUUUUAAAACCCCAGCUAGUAAGUUUUUUUAUAGGAAAUGUCUUUUUUUUCUGAACCCCCAGUCCUAAGACUCGUCGCAAGUCGUAUUUAAUUAAAACUUGGGCGUUUUUUAUAGUUUUUACUUGAGUUCAGCAAACACGUUGGAUUGGUGUCCGACCUAAUAGUCAGCUUUUAACGCCUUCCAAACUAAAAUGUGGAUUUCCAAUUUGGAAAAAUCCAGAAGAGUAUUGGCAUUUGAUACUGAAAAACUUUGUGUUUCUGAAAGGUUUUCGCUAAUUAGAAGGAGAAAAAAUAGUGUUCAGUUGUGUUGUGCGCGCACACAAGCGAGACUAACUACCUACUGUGCUGGUCUAUGUUUUAAAAGCUUAGCUAGUAAUUUCUUUUUGUACGGGGAACAAGUUCCUUCUCUCAUGUCAAGAGACUCGUCGUUUGUCAUAGUUACUAAAAAAACGUGCGUUUCUUUCGCUUGAGUCCAGCAAACAUGUAGGAUUGGUCUCAUACUUAAUAGUCUGCAUUCCCUCUAAACCAUUGCUUAACUCUUUUCUGUUUGACUUUGUGUUUACGAUUCACCACAAACCAGCUGCCAUUUCUACUUUGAUAUCGCGCCAAUAGUUUCGAAUAACUCACUUCCAUUUGACUGACGAACUUUAUCCUGAUACAAUUAAAGAAUUAUAAUACAAAAAUAUUUUCAGCCUAAAAUCGGCAGAAAAAACAUAAUAUUCAGCCUGUGUGUUUUAAAACUGAAGAAACUGAAGCUAUAUAAUACGACUUGCAUCUUAUUAGUUGCUCUAAUUAUUAAGGAACAGAUGAUUUAUUAAGUAACUAGGGUGCUGUAUCUUUAGGCCGCCUCACACUCUUUAAGUCACCCGUGAGCAUGCAAUUUAUCAGAAAAUGUGUUCAUGGGUCCAGCAAAUACUGUUGGAUUGGUUUUCGACGUAAAAAUUCCGUUUUCCUCUCAAGUCACCUCUCAGCUCGUUCUGUCUGAUUGUAUGUUUGCGAUUCAUGAUUGAAAACCAACUGCCUUUUGCUUAUUUAAUAUUGCAUCAUUAGUUUCAUAUAACUUCCUUCCUUUUUAACUGACGAACUUCAACAUUUAUCCGACCUAUUGCGUUUCGCUUGAAAGAAAAUUAAUACUAAUUACUGUGUGAUGAUAACGUUACAUUUAAAGUUUCAACUGCGGGUUCAGACAUGCAAAGUUUCAAUUUCAAGCAAGGUGAGAGUUUGGAUAUUGUGAGCACGACUUAGGGACUUUUUUUACUAACUCCACAGUUCUCAGUUAAAAACCAAUUGCCAUCGGAGGAGGAAGUCUGGAGAAUAUUCAGUAAGUCUCGCAAAGAGUAAUUUCCAGUCUCAGUCUCGUGCGAAAAAGAAAACACUUGCAGAGUUCCUCAAACGUUCUACACAGCUGCUGAAACUUAAGACUGUAUAUAACGCUCCAUUCAAUGGUGGAAGCUGAAGGUCAGUCUCAUUCAAAAACGGAUGAAACCUAGAAAGCAAUGAAAUUCAGAUCUUUACGUAUUAUAGAAACUGAACGCUGAUUAGGGCUAUGUAAAAAAAAAAAAAAAAAAAAAAGAUGGCGAGUGCGGAAGGCUUGAAUUUGACAUUUGUUUUCUUCAACGCUUUCUUGUCGUUCACCGCCAUCGUAUUAAACAUCAUAACAAUGCAAGCGCUCAGAAAAACGUCGUCGUUGCCUAAGACUUUAAAAACAUUGCUACUAAGCUUGGCUGUGUCUGAUCUGGGUGUAGGCUUACUUAUCCAUCCACUGUCUGUUGCACUUCUUGUGAUAGAAAAAAACAGUACUGCUUAUUCUACAGUAAGGUUAGCGCGUUCAAUCCAGGCAAGAAUAUUGGUCUCUGCUUCGAAUUUUGGUGUUUUUGCAUUAGCUGUGGACAGGUUCUUGGCCAUUCAACUUCAUCUCAGAUAUCAGGAGCUUGUGACUUACAAACGUGUUGUUGCUGUUGUGAUCUCAUUCUGGGUGUUUAGUGCAUCAAUUUCCUUUCCAAGUCAUCCUAUUAUGCGAGCGGUCAUUUUCUUUGUUUGUGUCAUAAUCACAGGAUUGCUUUAUUGCAAGAUAUACGCUUCCGUCAGACACCACACAAAUCAGAUUCACGCUCUGCAAGUUCAACAGGCGACACAGAAUGAAGAUAUGGCAAAUGCCGCAAGGCUGAAAAAAUCUUCGCUGGCUACAUUCUACGUUUAUUUCGCGUACUUAGUUUGCUAUUUGCCAUUUUGUUGUUAUCUUUUUGCCAAUACCGUCAACGGUGAAACUCCCUUGAUAUCUCAUUUAAGGUCUUUCACAUUGAUUCUUUUGCAUCUCAAUUCAUCCCUCAAUCCCUUAAUCUACUGCUGGAAGAUGAGACACAUUCGACAAACUGUUAUGGACAUACUUCGAAAUAUUUUUCCCCACUAAAGAAAGGAUCUAACUGAGAAUAACUUAAUCGGCCUUUUUCUCUCUGAGUGGUGAAAAUAUUAACUUUCCAGCAAUACAAUUGGAAAAAUGACACUAAAUAUAAACGGGAACUGAAACCUCUUGUACUCUCAGUUUGAAGGCAAAGGGAGAAAUAUUUGAUCGAGUGAGUAUAAGUUCAUGAGAUUUCAGUUUGCUUUGGAAUAAUUAACAAAUAACGGAAACUCUGAAAGUAUUAUUUAUCAAAGUCCGAAAGAGGGCAAAGAGAAAAAACUAGUUAGUUUAGGACGAAUGACGAGUGACUUGAUAAACGGAGGGCCGAGUUUCCAAAUUUGCAUGGGCAAAAAGUUCUGUGUACAGUAAAGUGAGUUUACUAGAUUUUGUUAACCAUGUGCAUGCAAUGAAGAAAACUAACUAAAGAGGAGAGAGAUCAAAACUAUGUCAAUAAAUCUUGCAUACUGAAUGUACCAAGAGUGGCAAAAAGAUUUACCGGUAUAACAACAACAAUAACAAUACAUAAUAAUAACAAUUAUUAUUAUUAUUAAUAAAAAUAAUAAGAAUAAUAUUAAUAAGAAUAAUAAUGAUAAGAAGAAGAACACGAGCUUAUUUGUUGAGAGAGACGAAAACUAGUAGUUUAUACUGUUGAGAAUAUAUAUUACAAUACUUGUAACUGAUUCAUAUCAAUAAAGUUCACGUGAAAAAGUUAAGAUGUUUUGAAGAAUGCUAAAAAUAUACCAUUUAAUCAGGAAAGAGCUCUCCUGACAGCGCAACCGAUUGGAACAAAUGAUCGAUAGCUAAAUGACGUCAUAAUACUAAAAUACCAUGAUAUGGAACCACAAAGCAGUCAUAAUAUGGCUCCAAUAUCAAGCAAAGGGCUUCUUGCUCUGAGAUUACUUAGAACCAUAAUGUUUGACGAAACAAUGAAGUAUAAGGCCCAGGGUUGAACCUAUUCAGUUUCCUCUUGUCCCAGUUCAACGUCUUGCAAGCAACUCUCGGUACGUGCGUUUACAAUAAAGUUGAAACUUUUGUACGAGACCCCGUACUUAAUGUUUCCAUAGAUAUUUAGAAAGAGCGAGUCCAAAAAAGUAAUUAUUGUAACCACUCACAGAACAACAGUAACAACGUGAAAAUGAAAAAAAAAAUCUCAAAAUCGUAUAUUUUCCACUAUUCUUAAACUAAAAUGUGUUUUCUGCGACACAUUAAUUUUCCUGUUCGGUGGUUACGAGCGCUCUUUCAUAAUCAUGAAAGUUCGCCCACAAUUUCUAUUUCAAGGGAGGGGAGUGGAGAAAAGCAUGCUCCUGUCAUUUAGCAACUUUUAACCGCAAAGAGAAACACAAUACAUGCACACUUCAUACACACUGAAGUUUUUUUUUUUGGCCUACGAUGUAACUUCUGGGUCCACCGGUAAAUGUGCCAGCCAAUAAAGACAAUAAAGUCGAACGUUUUUACUACUUACAUUUAUCAUUUGUCAGGGAGGGGGUGGGGCUAAUUACAUCAGUUUUAUCCAAAAAACAAUUUUACCACUUCCUUCCGUAUACGUGUAUAAGAAGACAUUUUACAUGGAAAUAAGCGAGUUUUUUUUGUUUAUUUGGUACGCAUUAAAUUGCGCAAAAUGAUAUUGUUUUCGAUACAUUUUCAAUAAAAUGAAAUUGAGAAAUAGUUGAUUGUCAUUCAAGGCAUAUAUUGCUUUUUGCAACAUGAUUACUCAUCGAAUUGCCACGUCGUGUUGGCCGGUGUCAUAAAGUUGAGGCUUUAAUGGAUAUUUUAAACAUUCUGAUCAUUUGCUACUGAUUAAACUUUGACACACAAGACAGUCCAAGACGGCAUGAUUUGUUUAAGUAACUACCUACUGUGUCUUUGUUUAACACCCUAGCUAGCAAGUUUUCUUAAUGGAUAAUAAGUUUCUUAUCUUAACUCCUCCCUGUGACUCGUCAUAGAUCGUUGUUUAUCAAAAGGUCUGCCCCAUAUUGUUUGCAUGGGUCCAGUAAAUACAUUGGAUUUAGACUGCAAAACAGUCCGUAUUUUUGCGUAUUCAAGUACGCGCGAGCAGUCAAACAAAAGGUCUGGAACAAGGCUGAAAACAGAGAGCGAGGCUGGGGAGAGACGGUUUUUUUUCUCUCGCCUCACAAGCCCGAAAGGGUGUGUGUGACUGGCGCGCUUCGAGCGCGUAAGACUCUUACGCCACGAUUUUCCGAUUUCUUUACUAAUUCUGAGAAAAAAAACCGACUGUUCUGCAAUAUACUUUGGAUUGGUUUUCGACGUGAUAGUCGGUUUUCCCUAUAAACCAUCGUUAAACUCUGUCUUUGUGUAUGAUUUUGUAUUAGCGAUUGAUUGCAACCAGCUGCUGUUGAUAGAGCGAUUUUCGUAUGACCUUGAAACGAAAAAGCGCGAACAAAACAGAAACAACAAACGAACCGAAAUAGAGCGAUUUGUUUGGUUUAUUGAACGAAUGAAAACCCGCGUGGCAUUUGUUUGGUUAAGCGAACGCUUGGGUGAAAAAACUUCACGCCCGAGAACUUUCUUGAAAUCAAUCAAUACUUCGGUUUGACGUCAUACUUCAACACGAUUGGCUAAUCGGACAAUGCCUUCUCCAUAUUAGGGUUUUCUUUGGCGGGAAAACGAAGAGGUCAUGUUUUGAUCCUUUCAUCCAUUGGCUGAUAAAACAAAUAACGAACACUUCCCAAAACCAUUUUUCAAGGUCAUACGAAAAUCGCUCUACUUUAAUAUUGCUUCAGUAGUUUCAAUCUCUUCCUUUUUGACCUACGAACUUCAACACUUAUUUUUAUUAUAAGCAAUGCCCAAACUUGACAAGAGAGACGAACUUCAACGAACGAACUUCAACACUUAAUUCGACCUAUCGCGUUUCGGUUUAAAUGAAAAUAUAUUCAAAUUACUGUGUGAUGAGGACGUCAUAUUUAAAUUCUGAAUUACGGGCUCUAGCAGGAGGCCUGGGCUCUAGUAAGAAAUAGUUUUAAUUCCAAACAAGUGAAUAUCUCGGAUGCUAUGAGUACAACUUUAUGUUUAAUGGAGUGAGAAGUCGUCUUGUUUAUUAAAUGCGCAUUAAAUUGCGAGCAAUGAUGAACUUCCUUUAUAUUAAACUAAAAAAACUGGAGAUAAUAUGAUUCGCGUUUUGAUAGCUGCCUCGGAUGAAUUUAAUACCACCAUCCAUUAAGUUAAUAAAGCAUAGUAUAUUUUUCUUGAAUACUUUUUUAAUAAAAUGAAAUUAAAACAUAUACUUUCCGAGUUGAUUGUAGCUUAAGACAUAUAUUGCUUUUUUGGGACAUGAUAACUCAUUGAAUUGCCACCUGGUGUUGGCUGGUUUCAUUAAGAUAAGACUACAAUCCAACUUGUUUGCUGAACUCAAGUAAAAACUAUAAAAAAAGAAAAAAUUUUAAUUAAAUACGACUUACGACGAGUCUUAAGACUGAGGGUUCAGAAGAAAAACUUAUUACCUAUAAAAAACCUUACUAGCUAGGUUUUUAAAACAGAGACACAGUGGGUAGUUACUUGAUAAAUCAUUCGGUCAUAUGUGCCAGACUUGAUCAUUUGCAAACGAUCAGAACGUUUAAAACAUCCAUUGUAGUGCCCGACCUAAUAGUCUGCUUUUCCUAUAAACUAUCACUAAACUCUUUCUGUCUGAUUGUUUAUUUGCAAUCCUUUGCAAACCAACUGCCUUUUCUAGCAUAGUAUAUUUUUUUAAAUACUUUUUUAAUAAAAUGAAAUUGAAACAUACUUUCCGAGUUGAUUGUAGCUUAAAACAUAUAUUGCUUUUUUGGAACAUGAUUACUCAUUGAAUUGCCACCUGGUGCUGGCUGGUUUUAUUAAGAUGAGACUACAAGGAAUGUUUUAAACGUUCUGAUAGUUUGCAAAUGAUCAAGUUUGACACAUAUAACCUGAGAUCAGGCGUUAUUAUUAUUUUUUAUUAUUUUUUUUUUUUUUUGCUCAGUUGCUUCUUCGGCGCGAGAGGGAAAAAAUAGCGCCUGACCCAUUCAUUUAACAAGCCAUCAACCGCCCCCUAAUUUACAUAGUCUAACGUCCACUUGCCUGUCAUGUUAUUAGCUAAUGAGCGGUUACCAGAGGGGAAUCAAAUUUUGGUGGGAAUAAUAUCUCUUUCGUCGAAAUCAAUUUUAGGGAAGAGAAAAUUUUUAAAUACGUGCAGAUGGCGCUUUCUAAAAAAAAUUUGAGUGUUUUUUUUGUGAUGAAAUACUGCUGGCUGGAGCUGCCUUACCUUUAUUUAACAGCUACAAAUAAUAAAGAAUUUACAAGCUCGUUGACGUCGUUCUGUGGCGAAAGCAGUGAAAAAAAUUAGGCUGUGUCUUUGUUUUUUUAUAGGUAAUAAGUUUUAUUUUCCCUGAACCCCCAGUACUAAGACUUGUCGUAAGUCGUAUUUAAUUACAAUUUGUUCGUUUUUAUAGUUUUUACUUGAGUUCAGAAAACAAGUUGGAUUGGUGUCCGACCUAAUAGUCUGCUUUUCCUAUAAACUAUCACUAAACUCUUUCUGUUGGACUGUUUAUGUGCGAUCCUUUGCAAACCAACUGCCUUUUCUAAUUUGAUAUUGCGUCAGUAGUUCAAAUAACUUUCCUCCAUUUGACUGACAAACUCUCAACACCUACAAAGCUCGACCUUUCGCGUUUCUGUUAAAAGAAAGCUAUAUCCAAAUUUCCGUGCAAUGAGGAGAACUCCGAGCAUUGCACAGACAGUUUUAAUUUGAAAUUUUAGAUGUUGUGAGUGCGUUUCAGGGACUCUCUUAUACCAUUGGCCGUAUUUAUACUAGUCGAGAGGGCGUCUAAGACGUCUGAGACGUUUAAGACGUUGCUUCUAAGCCUGUGUAUUUCUGAUCUAGGUUUAGGUUUUCUUAUCCAGCCACUUUAUGUUGCAUAUCUUACGAUGGAAAUAACAAAAAAACAAUAA